AUGCAAUACAAAGAACCGUUGUUGAACAUCCGCGGCCUGGCCGUGGGAUAUGGCCAAAGUCUGGUGUUGUCCGAUGUAGCGCUGGAGGUACCGGAAGGCCAGGUGGUGUGCUUGAUGGGUCGUAACGGCGUCGGCAAAACGACCCUGCUCAAGGCGAUAAUGGGUUUGCUGAACCCACGGGCCGGACAGGUCAGGUUCGCCGAAAACGACCUGACCAAAUGGGCGCCGCACCGGCGGGCCAAAGCCGGCUUCGGAUACGUGCCCCAGGGUCGGCACAUUUUCCCCUACCUGACCGUCAACGAAAACCUGUUGAUGGGCCUGGAAGCGUUUCCUGGCAAGAAGGGCCGCCCCGAGGCAGUGGACAGAAUGUAUACUCUGUUCCCCGCCCUCAAACUGAACCCAAAAAAGACGGCGGGCACCUUGAGCGGAGGCCAGCAGCAACAAUUGGCCCUGGCUAGGGCGUUGAUUCGCCAGCCCAGGCUGCUGUUGCUGGACGAACCCACGGAAGGCAUUCAACCCUCCAUCGUUCAGGAAAUCGAAGAACUUUUGCAGCGACUCCGUGACCAGCAGGACACCACCAUUCUGCUCGUAGAGCAGUUCCUCGAUUUCGCCCUCGGCAUCGCGGACUAUUGUUACGUGAUGGAAAAGGGAGCGAUCGUGCUGGAAGGCACGGCUCGGGAUUUAGACUACAAUCUGGUGCGCGAGUACGUCGCGGUCUGA